GUGGACUUUGCUUGGGGAAACCCUAGGGAGAGGGAAAUUCCCUUUCCAGGGGGGAAUGAUGCGUCGUUCCAUUUGCAUUUUCUUGUGCAGCCACCGAUAUCCACUCUGUUUCUCUCCCAACAAUUCCAAUACCCCAGUCAUUAAAAUUCAAUCAAAUUCUGAUUUGGGUUUUUCUUUCUCUCUGGAUUAGCAUCCACCAAUUGCUGGUUCGGAGCUCUUAGAACAGCAACCAGGUUAGAAUAUCAAAUGGGAAAGCCAAUUGGGAAGAAGAAAGAUCAUGAGGUUCAAAAGCCAGGGAAUGCUGGCAGUAAGCACAGCAAGUCCUCGGAUCGAAACUCAAAAGCCUUUGAUGAAGACACUGCAAUCUUCAUCAACAUGUCCUAUGAACUCAAAGAAGAAGGUAACAAGCUCUAUCAGAAGCACGAUCACGAAGGUGCGAUGUUGAAGUAUGAAAAAGCCCUCAAACUCCUUCCACAGAAUCAUUUUGAAGUUGCUCAUCUGCAUAGCAGUAUGGCAGCAUGUUAUAUACAAAUGGGUAUUGGGGAAUAUCCUCGAGCUAUCAACGAAUGUAAUUUAGCGUUAGAGGUAUCGCCGAAGUACAGUAAAGCACUGUUAAAAAGAGCAUAUUGUUAUGAGGCUUUGAAUAGGUUGGAUUUGGCAUUGAGAGAUGUUAAUGCUGUGCUGAGUAUGGAACCGAAUAAUCUAAGUGCGUUGGAGAUUUUGGCGAGUGUGAAGAGGGUGAUGAAUGAAAAGGGUAUUGUUUAUGAUGAGAAAGAGAUUGGUAUUGCUAAUGUACAGAAGCCUACUGCUGCUCGUUUUCGUAAGGUGGUGAAAGAGAAGUUGAAGAAGAAGGGUAAGAAAGUUGAGCAGAAGAUGGAGGAUAAGGUCGUUGUGGAAGAGAAGGUGAGUGCUGAUAAGGAUAAAGAAGUGGUUACAAAGGCUGUUGAGGAAGAUAAAGUGGUUACGAAGCAUGUUGAGGAAGAGAAACUGUUUACAAAACAUGUGGAGGAAGAAAAAGUAGUUGCAAGGCCAGUGAAGCUGGUGUUUGGAGAGGAUAUAAGGUGGGCACAACUGCCAGCGAAUUGUAGCAUGGGGUUGGCAAGGGAGAUAGUUAGGGAUCGAUUUCCUGGCUUGAAGGGUGUUCUUGUUAAGUAUAGAGAUCAAGAGGGUGAUUUGGUUACAAUCACUACCACCGAUGAGUUGAGGAUAGCUGAAUCUUCCUGUGAUAUGCAGGGCUCACUUAGAUUAUUCAUAUCAGAAGUCAGUCCUGAUCAAGAACCAAUUUACGAGGGAUUGAGUGAUGGGGAGGUGAGUAUGGAAUACAAAAAACCAAGUAAUGUUGUAGAGAAUGGGGAUACUGAAAACGAUAGAGUAGUGGAAAAAAGGUCUACUUCUGUUGAGGAUUGGGUUAUCCAGUUUGCACGAUUGUUCAAGAACCAUGUUGGGUUCGAUUCUGAUUCGUAUUUGGAUCUUCAUGAGCUUGGUGUGAAGCUAUACUCAGAGGCAAUGGAGGAUACUGUAACACUUGAGGAUGCUCAAGAACUUUUUGACAUUGCUGCAGAUAAGUUCCAAGAAAUGGCGGCUUUGGCAUUGUUUAAUUGGGGAAAUGUCCACAUGUCUAGGGCAAGGAAACGAGUUUCCUUUCCUGAAAAUGCUUCAAGGGAAACCAUUACUGAACUGAUCAAGGCUGGCUAUGACUGGGCAAAGAAAGAGUAUAAGAAGGCAGAGGGUAGGUACGAAGAGGCUGUGAAAAUAAAACCCGACUUUUAUGAAGGUUAUCUUGCUCUGGGGCAACAACAGUUUGACCAAGCAAAGCUUUGUUGGUACUAUGCUAUUGGAAGCAAGAAUGAGCUAGAAACAGAGCCUUCUUCGGAGGUGCUUCAGCUUUAUAACAAGGCUGAGGACAGCAUGGACAGGGGCAUGCUGAUGUGGGAGGAGAUGGAAGAGCGGCGUCUAAAUGGACUGUCCAAAGAAGAAAAAUAUAACACCCAAUUGCAGAAAUUGGGUUUGGAUGGCCUAAUUCAAGAGGUAUCUGCUGAUGAAGCUGCUGAGCAUGCUGCAAAUAUGAAGUCACAGACAUACCUCUUGUGGGGAACCUUGCUGUAUGAGCGUUCCGUUGUGGAAUAUAAGUUAGGGCUACCUACUUGGGAGGAAUGUUUAGAAGUUUCUGUUGAAAAGUUUGAACUUUGUGGAGCUUCUCCAACAGAUAUUGCCGUGAUGAUAAAGAACCACUGUUCCAAUGAAACUGCAUUGGAAGGUUUAGGGUUCAAAAUUGAUGAGAUAAUACAGGCAUGGAAUGAAAUGUAUGAUGCUAAAAGGUGGCAAUUUGGUGUUCCCUCUUUCCGGCUUGAGCCAUUGUUGCGUCGGCAAGUUCCAAAACUUCAUUCUAUCUUGGAGCAUGCUUGAAAUUUUUGUUUAUAGUUGGUAUCCUUUCGAGGCUUUGCACAAAUGCCUCAGGUUGCCUCAGUUCAACUUUUGCAGGUUGCGUGGUUGCACAGGUCUUUUUCUUUUCUGUCAGUGGACUGUUCGUUCAUCUUCUUGUUUGCUACGGGAGCAAACAGAAAGUUUGCAUAGUUUUUGAAUUCCGAGUGAGGGUGAUCGGGUCCCAAAGUCAUCGAUCUCAUUUGUUUCGUUUGUUGUAAGAGUCGUUAGAGUAAUUUUCCACAGAUUGGGGUAUAGGGUAUAUGAUUGUUUGGAUUUGUUGGUUCAAAGAAUAAGCAAAGUGGGAAGUUGGUGGCAUAAUUUUGCUUGUUACUCACUCAGCCUGCUCGGCCAGAUUUGUUGUUGUUUGUCGUCAUGUCGUUUGUAAGUUGCAAUUCUUGUAAACUUUGUAAGCUUUUGUGAUUGUUAUAAAAUAGCAGUGAAAGAUUUUAUUCCUUUA